AAGCUGCUUAUUGACAAGUUCAAAGGAUCUUCGACUCCCGAGUGUUUUGGAAGCUUGAGAAGGAUUCUGCUCUAGGUGGGGGUGUUUCAGGUGGUAUGUUUUCUUCUCUCCAUCAGGGGGAGAAUCUUCUUCGAACGUUUGGACAUUAGAUCAGAUCAGAUGCGGCCUUUGGCUGUUUUUCUAAAGUGAAAACUAGCAGCUGAUUUGUUAUUGAAAUUUUUCAUAAUUUUGAGCAAUGAAUGCCGCCGAGUUGUCACCUCACUGCCGACGUAGAAGCGUUUUAGACGGCUAUAAAGAAGGCGAUUUUCCCGUCAAGAGAGAACCAGAUGAAGAUUUUAAGUGCUACGCCGAGACGACAAUGAACGAAAUCCUUGGUUGGUACGGUUUCGAGAAGGUGGAUAGCAGAGAUACUCAAGGUUUGAACCUCACCCACUUUGCUUCCAACAAUUCUUCUGCAGCUGGUAACAACAGCUCAAACGGUGUGUCACCGCCUUCUUCGGCUAUGGAAGGAAGUGAUGCAUCAGAGGAUGUUCCAUCUCAUCCUGGUGGCUUAGACGAAUCUUCCAGGCUGAGAUCAGAUAGUAUGAGUCCCAAUCCUGAUGCUUCAUCAACAGCUUCCGACGAAGUUGCCAGGCAACAUCAGCAAAUGGUAUCAGCACUUUCAAAUAUUACCAAACAUCCAGGAGCGCCUGAUUCUCCUAAUCUUCCACCUGGCUACAUUGUGUGUGCUUGGUGUCAAAAAGUUGGAGUAAAGUUGUUCACGCUAAAGACACCAAAUGGAUCAAAGGCGUUCUGUAGCGAACUUUGCUUCACUCAGUGCAGAAGAGCUUCCUUUAAAAAGAAUAAAAUCUGUGAUUGGUGCAAGCAUGUGCGACACACUGUAAAUUACGUAGACUUUCAAGAUGGUGAGCAACAACUGCAAUUUUGCAGCGAUAAGUGUUUAAAUCAGUAUAAAAUGAACAUAUUUUGUAAAGAGACUCAGGCACAUUUACAGAUGCAUACGCAUCUAAAAGAAGCUGCUUGCAAACUUGCUGCUGCUGGUUCUGUUAAUUUAAUUACUCCAGAUUUGUGGCUUAGAGACUGUAAAACGAAUGGGAAUUCUAGAUCACCGCACGAAGCGAUUGAUAUCAUGGAAGACGUAAAUUCAGAUGAAAACAUUUCUAUAGUGGCAUCUCCUGCUCCGCUUAUAGAGUCUCCGAAACCUUCAUCUUCUCCUGUUAUUGAAAAAAAGGAGUCAAAGGACCACAAACAAGAUCAGCCUUUGCCUGUCAAAGAAAAAGACAAGUCUUUAAGAAAACAUUCCUCUAAGCAUUCAUCUAAAAAACUGUCAUCCGAGAAUAAAUCACAUACGCAGAAACAUUCACGAGAAAAGAAAAACACUUCGCAUUCAAUAGAUUUUCCCUUGAAUCAAAGGCAAUCCCCUAUUCAAGCCUCCCCACCUACACAAAUUAGAAACGGACAAAUGGUAGAUAGUUCUCAUCCAUUGUUAUCUCCUCCUCCUGUAGGCUCUAUUCCAAGACAUCCUCCUCAUAUGGGUUCGUUAGCAUCUCGCCACUGCCCACCUGUGCCAUCACCUAUAAAUUCCAACAACUUCACAGAUCAUGGUCGUCAGCCAUUUCUUCAUCCUAAUGUUGUUCCGCCACCAUUCCAAUUUUUCGCUCAACAACAAAUGGAAGCGAUGCUAAGAUCUCAACAUGGUUUGGAUUUAAGAUCAAAGCUUCCACCACAUUUGCCAAUCCCCCCUUGGCUUAUGCCCCCAUUUCCACAAAUGCAUCCGCCGCCGCCACCACCACCUCCACAUCAUCCGCCCACUGCAAAUUCACGAAGUCCUUCUGUAUUGCAUUCGUCACCUCCAUCUAAAAACUCUCAUCAAAUCUCUCACCAGAAAAGUUCACACCAUAACAAACACAAACAUCAUAAGCAUUCUUCCAUAAACCCAAACAAUAGCUCACAAAACAAACCCAGUCCUGUCGCAGCCGAUACGCCCUUAUCCCAAUCUUCGCUUCUUCCUCCAGUCACAGUUAUGGUUCCUUUUCCACUGAUGCUUCCUGUGCCAUUACCUAUACCAAUACCCAUACCUAUACCACCACAAGUAAUGGACAAAUAUAGCAUGCUAAAACUACAACAACAACGGAAAGAUCAAUGCUUAGCUUUAGCGUCAAAAUGUGAUGAAAUUUUCGUGUCUGGAACACAUCAAAAGAGAAAGCAUUCCGUUGAUCCUCCUAAACAUAGGAAAAAGCAGAGAUCUUUGUCAAAUGAUCUGCAAAACUCAAACAAAUCCGGUGAACAGAAUGCUGCUGAAAUAGUUUCUGAGAACCAUCUAUCUGGUAAAUGUUACGAUGGUGUAGAAAACUUGUCGCUGAAACAUUCUCAGAAUAAAUUAGCAGCAAUCAACAAUUCCACGAAAUCUUCUAGGCACGAUUACGAUGUCGAGUCUCGUAGUUAUUCUCCCUUGUCUGAUGCUGUGAGUAGCAACGACGAAGACGGCCAAGAAAAAUUGUUAAAAAAUGGUGACGCAUGUUCUGGGUUGAGUUUUUCGAAUUAUAAUCUCAACUUGAUGAGAUCUAGUCCCUUGAUAUCUCAGAUGGCAGAGCAACCGACACAAACUCUUGAUCCAAGGAAGAGCCCCUCGCCCACAAACUUAUCCAUGAAAGAUAAACAUAACUAUGUGUCUUCCAAUGUUGUUAAUUACAAAAAGAAACAUCUAAGUGAUCAUUCAAAUCUUAUCACAUAAAACAUUAUUUAUUAGAUUUACGAUGCAAGAUUCCCUGUAAAAUAUUAAGUAAAUAUUCUAAU